UCUGUUUUAUUCUAUAUACGUCAGCAUGCUUUUUGAUUCGAUACGUGACGCGGUUUUUUCCUCUUACAGCAAAAGCUCGUUUUACCGGUGGCAAUAUAUGUUCACAUGCUCGCGAAACCGACCAUCGUCGCUUGAACAAGCAUUUCUUGGACACUGCCUCACAAUUGAGUACCAGCGCCGUUUACCGCCAAAGAACCGAUCACCUUGCGGAGGAAUAUCUUUGCGAGAAUGGAAAAGAUGAUGGAGUAUAUGAUUUUCAUUGCUGUUGUCAUCAGUGGGAGCCAGUACUUUUCAAACAACACCCAUCCACAAUCAUAUGACUGCCGGGCAAUCCUCAGCACAUCAUUGCCUAAAACCACAUGCUACUAUGCGUGCACGGACGGCGGCAACCGUUUGAGAAGGGGCAUGCAUACUGACGGCACACCUUGUUUGCAUCCAAGAACUGGGAAAAUAGGACAAUGUAUGCGAGGAGUGUGCAUACUUAAACAAGAUGAAGGUCCGUACUUCAAUUCUACUGCAGAUAACGAUCGUUGUGACGGCCAGUACCACGGUAAAGGCUAUGCGCCACGAUGCCAAUAUACAUGUAACCAUCACGGGAGACGCAAACAAAUGCACUACCAUGCUGGGACGCCCUGCAUUCGUUUGGAUGAGGAAGGGGAACCUGUAGGAAAUGCCGGAAUUUGCUGGCAAGGUGUCUGUACACCUUACGACAAACUUGAGGCAAGACAUCCUAAUAUCAAGAAAAAGGUUUUCCCAAGAAUGUACCACAAAUGUCAAGACAAGGACCACUUUGGCAGAAACAAUCUGUGGGAUUGCUACUACUACUGCCUACAACGAAAUGAAUGGUUUUACGGGUAUUAUAAGAGCGACUACAACAGCCGUUGUGAGAGGGUUGGUCCACAACGCAAAUCAGGUUAUUGCUGCAAAGGCGAAUGCAUACCCAAGGCUAAUUGUGGACAAGACGUUGAAGACACGGCGGGAAGUUUUGGAUGGCAACGCUAAUAUUUACAGCAGUCAGCAAUAUUAGCGACAGUAUGGAAUCGAUCCCUAAUAAAAAAAACCA